AUGGGAUACAUUCUGAUUGCCUUCUCUCCCCUGUCCCUGUCCAUCUGCCCCUCCCCCUCCCACUGUCACUGUCCAGUUUCCCAUCCAUCCCCCCUCUCUCUGUUCAUCACCUCCUCCUUCCCUUCUCUCUUCCCACCACCAUCGCCACCCUCCCUCUGCCCACCCGCACGCGCCACCCUCUCUCUGCCUACCCCCAUCGCCACCCUCUCUCUGCCUACCCCCAUCGCCACCCUCUCUCUGCCUACCCCCGUCGCCACCCUCUUUCUGCCUACCCCCGUCGCCACCCUCUCUCUGCCUACCCCCGUCGCCACCCUCUCUCUGCCUACCCCCGUCGCCACCCUCUCUCUGCCUACCCCCUUCCCCACCCUCUCACUGCCCACCCCCGUCGCCACCCUCUCUCUGCCCACCCCCGUCGCCACCCUCUCUCUGCCCACCCCCGUCGCCACCCUCUCUCUGCCCACCCCCGUCGCCGCCCUCUCUCUGCCCACCCCCGUCGCCACCCUCUCUCUGCCUACCCCCUUCCCCACCCUCUCACUGCCCACCCCCGUCGCCACCCUCUCUCUGCCCACCCCCAUCGCCACCCUCUCUCUGCCCACCCCCAUCGCCACCCUCUCUCUGCCCACCCCCGUCGCCACCCUCUCUCUGCCCACCCCCGUCGCCGCCCUCUCUCUGCCCACCCCCGUUGCCGCCCUCUCUCUGCCCACCCCCGUUGCCGCCCUCUCUCUGCCCACCCCCGUCGCCACCCUCUCUCUGCCCACCUCCGUCGCCACCCUCUCUCUGGCCACCCCCGUCGCCACCCUCUCUCUGGCCACCCCCGUCGCCACCCUCUCUCUGGCCACCCCCGUCGCCACCCUCUCUCUGGCCACCCCCGUUGCCACCCUCUCUCUGGCCACCCCCGUCGCCACCCUCUCUCUGCCCACCCCCGUCGCCACCCUCUCUCUGCCCACCCCCGUCGCCACCCUCUCUCUGCCCACCCCCGUCGCCACCCUCUCUCUGCCCACCCCCGUCGCCACCCUCUCUCUGCCCACCCCCGUCGCCACCCUCUCUCUGCCCACCCCCGUCGCCACCCUCUCUCUGCCCACCCCCAGUGUAUCAGAAGAAGAAAUUUGCAAACUGUUCGAAGGAAGUGAUGAUAAAGUCUACCCAGACUUUUCAGGCUUGAAGGAAAGAAAAGUAGAUUUGAGUGAUCAAAAUACUGAAUAUGACCAUGGCAGCGAAUCUGAACUUGAAAGUGAGGAUGGUUGUGAUCCUGAAGAGACAGCAGAUGUAUGA